UUUCGGUAGAGAUCGGGGCUUCCGGGAUGGGGUGCCAUUAUUUUUUAUUUUGUGAAGAAACCCUUCAACCAAAUCUGCAACCGAGUUCAGAAAUCUGUACCAAGGUGUGGAGACAUGGCCUCCAUCUCCGCUCUCACGACCAAUAUCUCACUUCAUUUCGUUCCAAAUCUCUUACCAGUCUACUCGUUCACUUUUGCUCCGAUGAAGAAUCCACCGCCUCAACAGCACCAUAAGCUCCGGAUCCGGCGAACGCCUUGUGCUUCUGCAGUUGCCGUAGCUUCUCCUGGCGUUUCCAAGCCAGAUCUUCUCGUGAAUUCCCUUUUAUCUAAGGUUCUGGAAUCAGAUAGAGGACUUCUCUUGAGUAGAGAAGAGCACAAAAAGGUGGCCGAGAUGGCUCGUGAAUUGGAGAUCUUCUGUGUGGAUCAACCCGUUAACUGUCCUCUAAUAUUUGGAGAAUGGGAAGUAGUCUACUGUUCAAACCCCACUUCACCAGGAGGAUUCUAUAGGAGUGCAAUUGGUCGUCUUUUCUUCAAAACAAAAGAAAUGAUUCAGGUCCUUGAAGCCCCUGACAUCGUGGUAAAUAAAGUGGGUUUCUCUCUUUUGGGAUUCAUUGAUGGGGAAGUUUCUUUGAAAGGCAAAUUGAAGGUGGUUGAUGAAAAAUGGAUUGAAGUUGUUUUCACACCCCCGAAUGUUAAGAUUGGGUGGGUAGAAUUGAAGUAUGGCGGUGAGAGUGAGGUUAAACUGCAGAUCCUAUACAUUGAUGAGAAGAUGAGGCUGGGAAGAGGAUCCAGAGGCUCUUUAUUUGUUUUCCACCGACGACAUCCAUCCCGUUCAAUAAAUCAAUAAUUAUUGAACGUAUAUCUUUUUAAUAUAUACUCCCUCCGUCCCAUUCGGAGGUUCCAAUUACGGUAUAAGCAACGUAAAUCUCUGCUCACACUCUGAUUAUUUUUAGUAAAUAAAAUUUACAUAUUCAGAUACUACAUUUAAACCGAUACAAAGAC